ACGCACUGUUGCAAACACGCACACGUAACGUUAAGGAAAGAAGAACGGUAGAAAAAAUAAACAUUUAUGAGGUGAUAAAAAAAGACGAGAAGAAUUUAAAUAUGCCGACCUCAAAACUGCAGGCGGCGACCAACACUCUGCAAAGUUUGUCCCCCAAAAUGCCAGAGGGGUUCAAGAGCAAAGUGGUAGCACCCAGGAACCCAAAACUUGUCAAACACGAAGACCAGCCCAUCAGACUGACCCCGUCGGCGUUUGCGCGGGAGAUGUCCCAGUCCACUGAGGAGCGUCUGGCCAACACACACCAGAUGCGCCCUCCUCGCAUCCUAGAGCUCCUGGACAUGAGCGAGACCACGCACCAGAAGUCCUCCUCCGUGGACGUGGACCAGGCCAUGUUCCAGCCCUUCCCCUCGGAGAUAGUUUUCCAGAACUACGCCCCCUCGGAGACCUACGAGGUCCCGCUGGUGCUCCGGAACAAUGACAAGAUCCCACGCUUGGUCAAAGUGACGGAGGAAGGCUCCCUGUACUUCAAAGUGGUCAGCCCCCUGGAUGUGUGCAACAAGGUGGCUCCAGGCAUGGCCUCCACCUUCACCAUCCUCUUCACUCCUCAGGAGAACAAGGACUACACCCACAGGCUGGUCUGUGUGACGGAGAGGGAGAAGUUUGAGGUGCCCAUCCGGGCCAUCGGCGCCCGCGCCAUCUUGGACUUCCCCGACCACCUGCACUUCCCCCUGAACCCCGUCAAGUGCCCCGCCCAGAAGACCCUCCUGGUGCGCAACAUUGGGACCUGCGAAGCCAAGUUCCAGCUUAGCACGCACAGCCCGUUCUCUGUAGAACCUUCCAUCGGUAACCUGGGGGUCGGAGAGAGCAUGCAGGUGACUGUGGACUUCCUGCCCAAAACCACCGGGGACCACGCCCAAGACCUGCUCCUGCACUAUCAUACAGGUGAAGACAUCUACAUCAGCCUGUAUGGAGGUGCCACGGAUGUCAACGUCCGGCUGGAAAGGAACUCUGUCAUCGUGGAGCGCACCUACAUCACUAUGGCCAAUCAGCGCACUGUCGCCAUAGUGAACCGCAGUGAUGUCAUCGUCCACUACCAGUGGAAGAGCCAGGCCACCGAGGAGGAGGAGUCACAACAGAAACUGAGGAUGCACUCUCAGCUGCAGCAGGAGGAGGAGGGGGAGAUGGAGCAGUUCCUGUGGGAGUGUGGUGCUGACCCCACCCUGCGGGACCGCCUCUCCCUGCUCUCCAGAACCUUCCAGGAGCGCCGGCGCCAGCUGCAGGACGACACACCGCCGUUCAGCCACGCCCACAUCUCCCUCGACCCUGCGGAAGGGGAUAUCUGGCCCAACAGUUCAGCUGAGGUCAACAUCAUCUUCAAACCGACCGAAGCCAGGAUGUACCAUCUGACCGUGUACUGUGACAUCACAGGACGAGAGUCUCGAUUGCCCUUGCGCAUAAAAGGAGAGGGAAUCGGCCCGAAGCUGCAGUUUAACUUCCAGCUGCUGGACAUGGGCAACAUCUUCAUCAACUCCAGCCACACCUAUGAGGUGCUUCUGUCCAAUAAGGGUCUGAUCGAUGCCCCGUUCCGCCUGGUGCCCCCAAACUCAGCCCUGGGGCGGUGCUUCAGUUUCAGCCCCAGUGAGGGGGCGGUGCCCCCCGGGGCCUGCCACUCCAUGGAGGUCUCCUUCUGCUGCCGCACCCUGGCCGUCUUCACCGAAGAGUUCCUCUUCUCUGUGGAGGGAAACCCUCAGCCUGUGUCCCUCAUCUUCAGUGGGCGCGUGAUGGGACCCACGUUCCACUUCAGCGUUCCCCGGCUAGACUUCGGCGACGUGGCCUUUGGAUUCCCCCAAACACUGACCUGCUGCCUGAACAACACCUCUCUGGUGCCGCUGACCUUUGGCCUGCGUAUCCUUGGCGACGGAGCGGGCCCCCCCAGCGUGGCCAGUGUGGAGCAGGUGUCGGACCUGAACCGCACAGAGUGGGGGGGCGGCGGUGCCCGCUCAGACCGCCCUGUGGAGUUCAGCAUCGCCCCCAGCUCUGGGAGCCUGCGUGCUCAGGGGGUGCUCGACGUCCAGGUGACUCUGUGCUCUAACACUGUGCGUGUGUACAACCUGGCCCUGGUGGUGGAUGUUCAUGGUGUAGGAGAGGAGGUGCUGGCCCUCCCUGUCACCGCAAGGUGUGUGGUGCCGUCCGUACAGCUGGAACCCCCCAUGCUGGAGUUCGAGAGGUGCUUUCUGGGACACCCCUACUACCGGUCUGUGAAGCUGACCAAUGAGAGUGACCUGCCUGCCUGCUACGGCCUUCUCUCCCAGGAGUACGAGGAGAGCCCCUCGGUGCUGUACUCCAGCCCCCACCCCCGGGGGGUCCUGCAGCCCUUCAGCUCUGUGGAGCUGCCCCUGGUCCUGCAGGCCAAGGCUGUGCGCCACCUGCAGGUCACCGCCAACAUUGCAGUGUUCGGCAGCAAGGAGCCUCCACUGGACCUGCUCCUGUCCUGCAUCGGGGAGGGUCCUGUAGUCCACGUCAGCGCCUCAGAGCUGGAUUUUGGCAGUAUCCCAGUCCUUACGGACGUGUGCAGGACACUGAGGCUGUCCAACCAGUCCCCGGUCCUGGCGUGCUUCCAGGCGCUAAUGGCGCGGAGCCGGUCCCAGUGGCGGGUGGAGCCCAGCGAGGGGGAGGUCCCAGCGGAGGGGGAGGUGGAGGUGAGGCUGGUGGCUCACCUGGAUGACACGCUGCGCUUCCAGGACAAGCUGCACCUGGUCAUCCAGGACAGCCAGACGCACAGCAUCCCUGUGAGUGCCACCGGCCGGGGGACAACCAUCGUUUCUGACCGGCCCUUCGGCCCCAGCCUGGACCUGGGGGCCCACUUCAGUUCGGGGCCCUGCCAGUACCACUUCAGACUGACCAAUCGCGGCCGGCGCCUGCACCAGCUCUACUGGAUGACGGAGGGCUUUCCUCAGUUCCGUCGCCGGGGCAACUCCCGCGGCAGCGGGGCGAAGCGCCGCGACCCCCUGACCCCGCCGACCCCCCUGGAGGACGGGCCGGUCUUCAGCCUGCGGCCCCUGCGCGUGGACCUGCCCCCCGGCCGCACCGUGGACAUGGUGCUGGAGGGGUCCUCCGACUGCCCAAAGGUGGUGCAGGAGCGGCUGGUGUGCCAGGCCAUAGUGGGGCAGCAGUGUGGGAAGGAGAGGAUCAUGGCGGUGGACGUCAGGUGCCAUUUUGUGUCCCCGGUCCUGGACCUCUCCCCCCAGGAGCUCAGCUUCUAUGUGGAGAAGGUCCCAGGCCUCUCCCUGCUCCCUCUGUUCCAGCCGCUGGUCCUGCAGAACGUGUCCUCCCUCCCCCUGUGCAUGGAGCUGGGGCUGGAGGAGCCCUUCGGCCUGUGUGACCAGGAGGGCGACGAGGCCUUCUUCACCUCAAAGUCCCUGGUGCUGGCCAUGGGGGCGAGGGUGGAGCUGUGGGUGCGCUUCGACCCCUGUUUCCGGCCGGACAGCGUGACGCGGGUGGCGGAGGCGGUUCUGGAGGUGCGGUACCGGGACCACCCUCAGCGGGACGGGGUGGCUCUCCGGGGGGAGGUGCACUUUCCCAACCUGCACUUCUCCAGCCGGCGGCUGGACUUCGGCUGCGUGCUCAACCACACCGAGGCCCAGCGGGAGCUCACCAUGACCAACUGCAGCCCCCUGCCCGUCUCCUACCACUGGGCCUUCCUGGUGGACCAGGAACACUACAGCAUCAGGUGGGUUCUGCCAGCCCAGGAGGGCACUGUAGGGACUGACCUAUCAAGAGAGAACAAUGCAAGAGAUCAGCUAAUCCAGGGAGAGUACCGCAAGAGAUCAGAUAAUCCAGGGAGAGUACCGCAAGAGAUCAGCCAAUCCAGGCAGAACCGGAGCGAAUCGACCCCCCCGCACCCCCGCCCCGCCCCGGGGAUCGAUACCGCCGCUCCUUCUCUGAUAGCAGUCGUGGGGGUGGAACAGGUGUUUGACAUCCUGCCCAUCCACGGGGUGCUGCUCCCAGGCGAGAGCCAGCAGGUGUCACUCACCUUCUACGGCCACGCCCACAUCAGCGGCCGGGCACUGGCGCUGUGCCAGGUGGAGGGCGGGCCCACCUAUGAGGUCACCCUGCAGGGAGAGUCCUCAUUGGCCAGCUACAGCCUGGACACCACGGAGAUCGAGCUGGGCCAGCAGUUGUUUGACCGUGUGGCAGAAGUGGAGGUGACCCUGAGGAACUCUGGGAAGGUGGGGCUGGAGUUCAGGGCCCUGCUGGAGGACCAGGUCCUGUCCCCUGAGGAUCCCCUGCCUGGUGUGCCCCUGGUCCUUCCCAGCAAGGGCCACAUAGCAGCGAUGUCGGAGCAGAAACUGACGGUGUACUACCUGCCGGGGGUCCCCGAGGUCUUCCACACGACCUUUGACCUCCAGGUGUCCUUCUUUGAGGCGGAGACCAUCACCCUGAGAGGGGAGGGAAUCUUCCCAAGGGUGUGCCUGGACCUCCCCCGAAACCUGGAGGAGGAGAGGUACGGCUCUGUAUUGGAGGAGGCCAGGGAGGUGCUGGAGAGGGAGAGGCAGAGAGAGGAGACGCUCAGCAGGCCCCAAACUGGAGCGGUCACCCUGUCCAUGGACGACUACGUUCCCACCUAUGAUGCCCUGCUGCAGAUGGAGGUGGAGAGGUUGUUGGUGAAGGAGAACGCUGAACUCCUCCAGGAGGAGGUGGGAGAGGAGAGCAGUGACACGCCCGGCUCCAGCAGCAGGUGGCGCAAGAGACUCAGCAGGUUCCUUUUGCCGGAGUACACGCUGGACUUCGGCUGCGUAAUCCACGGCAACGUGCCCACCCACAUCGUCAAGGUUACCAACACCGGCCCCGCCUCCGUGUCCUUCCGCGCCGACCGCCGUCUGCUGCCCAGCUCAGGCUUCAGCACGGAGCUGGACAGGGUGAGGAACCUGCCCUACUGCGAGACGGAGACGUUUGAGAUGAAGUUCGACCCCCGAGGAGCUGACCUGGACCUGGGGCAGGUGGACACUGUCAUGCCCAUUCAGGUGGUGGGCGGGCCUUGGGUGCAGGUGCGCCUGCGGGCGGUGGUGACCACGCCCUUGCUCACCAUCUCCAGGGAAACGCUGCACUUUGGCACCAUCCAGUGUGGCCAGUGUCAGGUGAUCACCAUCCAGCUGUCCAAUCAGGAGCCAGUCCCCUGCAUGUGGGGCAUGGUCGAGGAGGAGGCACCUAAAAAGAAGGUGGACAAGCACACCCCCCUCCACCUGAGACGGAAGGUUCGGCCCGCACCAAGGUCCCCCCCGCCUGUGUUCGAGGUGGCGCCCUCCUCCGGGGUGCUGUUGCCUGGCGACAGGGUCAACGUGCAGGUCAAAUUCAGCCCUGCUGAAGGGAAGCAGUACAGCCAGAGGCUGAUGUUGUCCGUGGCACAAAGCUCCCAACGGCCCCUGCUAUUGGUCCAGGGCCAGGGGGAGGAGCCCCGGCUGGAGUUCUCCACCCCCCUGCUGGAGCUGGGCCCCACCCUCCCCUACAGUACGGGCGAGGAGGGCGAGGUUCUGGUCCGAAACCCCUGCCCCUUCCCCGUGGAGUUCUACUGCCUGGAGCACGACACGCAGUACCUGGAGGAGGAGAAGAUCCUGCGCAUGAUGACAGGGUACGAUGACAAAAACCUGCUGCUCUUACCCCCACGCACCCCUGGGGAGGGGCUGCCCCCUGAGCUGCUGGAGUACUACAAGGACCAGAAUGCACUGCCUCUGCCAGAGGACCAAGAGUCUAAGUCCCUCUCUGCCAAGGAGGGGGAGAGCCCUGUGGCUGGGGGGAAGGGGGGUGCCCUGGAGCAGGACGGGGAGACUGCCUCCCCUCUGCCCCCCCUGCCUGGGGAACCGCACACCGAGGAGGAGAAAACAGCGCCCCCUAAAGACGGCACUCUGAGUGGAGAGCUCCCUAAAGAGGCGGAGGACAGUAAGGGCCGUGUGGGUGUUGGUGUGGGAGAGCUGGUGUCCAACCCCGUCUCCAGAGCUCUGGCCCGGCACAUGGGCCUGGACCUGUCCCCCGAGGGCCAGGCCGCCCGGAACCGGCUGGGCGUCUCCGUCAUCGUGCAUGGGGCACCCCUCUCCGGUAAGACGGCGACAGCGGUCGCCCUGGCGAAGCACUACGGCGCGGCGUGUCUGAGCAUCGACGGGGCCGUGCUGGAGGCCGUGUCCACCGGGGGCAGCGCAGCAGCACUGCAGGCCAGAGAGCUGUGUGCUCGCGCUGCCCUGGAGCAUGCUCAGAGGAGUGCCGAUGAGACCGCCCAGCCUGUAGUGGAUGGGCAGGGUGCCCCGGGGCAGGGUGGUCCAGCGCAGGGGGCAGGGGGGGUGCUGAGUGUGGAGGCUCUGGCCCAGCACACCGCAGAGGGCAGCCCGGGGAGUGAGGGUAAGGCCGGCCCCUGCUCCCUCUCCACCCGCAACAAGAACAGCAUCGCCAUGGGGAAGAGGACUGAGGGCUCUCAACCACCUGCAGACAGUGUGGCUCUGGGCCCUCCCAUGGUGCAGCUGCACAGGCCCCUGAGUGUGAGCGGGAGCCUGGCUGAGCACCUGGGCCUCAUGACCUGCCUGCUCCCCGAGGACCUGCUGGUGGACAUCCUCUCCGAGAGGCUGCAGCUUAGCGACUGUCACCGGGGCGUGGUGAUUGACGGGCUGGAGACCCCGUACUGCCGCUCGCUGGCCGAAGCCCUGCAGGCAGUGCUGAGGGCGCUUAGCAACAGGCCCUACAUCUACGCCGUCAACCUGUCGCACAGCUACCAGGCCCUGAAGAAGAGAGAGAGCGAGGAGAGAGAGAACCAGGAGCGGGAGCAGCAGGAGCGAGUGGAGAGGGAGAAGCAGAGGCUGAAGGAGAUGGAUGAGGAGGAGUAUGACGCCCUGCCGCAGGAGGAGAGGGAGCGCGUGGACCUGCAGCACCUGGAGGAGCUCAGGGAGAGGAGGCGCAGGGAGCAGGAGCGCUUGGAGAGAGAGCAGGAGGAGAGGAGGCAGCAGGAGGAGCAGGAGCGGCUGAGGGAGGAGGAGGAGCAGAGGAAGAAGAGCAAGAGAGGGAGGAAGGAGCCACCCAAAGAGGAUGCUUCUGGGAAAAAGAGUCAGAUGGACAGGAAGCAGUCUACAGCCAGCCAGCGGCCGGAGAGCAAGCUGGAGGUGGCGCUCAGAGACGGGCCCAAACUGUCCUCAGAGGGCAUCAGAGAGGAGAGGUCUCCCGCGCCCAAUGAGGAUACGGAGAGAGAGCAGCUGAGCGAGGAGGACAGGCUGUUGCUGGCUCGGUUCCAGCUGUACGAGCAGAGCCAGGAGCUGCUCAGCCACGCCCUGCAGUACUGGGACCGCGCCAAGGGCCUCCUCUACACGGCCCCGCCCCUCGAGGCCCUGCCCCCCGACCCCCAGGACUCCGCCCCCGACCGCCGUGCCCCCUCCAGCAAGAAGAGCAGGAAGGAGCGAGAGAAGGAGCGAGAGAGGGUGGAGAGAGAGAGGGAGCGACUGAAGGUGGAGCUGGCCCCGCCCUCCCCGGGCGUCCUGGGAGGGGAGGCGACCCCAGAGGGGGCGGAGAAAGAGCCCCCGCCCGAGGGCGUGCCCCAAAUCCUGCUGCCUGUCAGUGGGCGGGACCACCCCAGCGGGGUCGAGAUCCUGGGGAGCGGGAGGCUGCCCCCUCUGGAAGAGGUGCUGGAUGGGCUGGGCCAGGGAGCUAAGGGCCCGCCCAUCCCCCCUCCCUUCGUCUACUCCGUGGUGUCGUACCCGGAACAGCGGGCUCCGCCCAGCGCCCAGGAGAGCUCCGCCCACUUCACCUUCCUGGCCCCGCCCGUCCCGGAGGACCCUGCCGAGGACAGGAAGGAGGCGGAGCCUGAGCCCGACCCACUGAGCUCCGCCCCCCAGGCCAAGGAGGAGUCAGUGACACCCUCCAGAGGCCGGGUGAAGAAGGGCGAGAGUGGCAGGGAGAGCCAGAGGGAGAGGAGGCGCACGGGGAAGAGGAGCACCAGGAGCACGGAGUCACGCUCCCCCUCCCUGAGCGCUGCCACCGGCCUGUCUGACACAGAGCACAGCAGCCGCACCGGAGAGUCCCAGCAGGAGCUCAACCAGCGUUUGACCUCGUUCCACUGGAUUGUACCGCCCAGAGGGGAGGUGUCCCUGAAGCUGGGCUUCCAGUCCUCUGUGCCGGGCAGGUUUGAGCAGUCGCUGAACUUUGAGCUGACGGGCACCAGGAGGCGCUAUCAGCUGCACUGCAGGGGCGUGUGUGCCUUCCCUGCCAUCAGCCAGGACUACAAGAUGGUGUUUGCUCACAGUAAGAAGGCCCUGCAGUCAGACGACAGCCUCCAUAAGACCUACAUCCUGCAGUCCGGGGUGUACGACUUCGGCCCGCUGCUGUGCAGGAAGUCCCGGGAGAGGUACAAGGAGGGCACAUAUCCAGAGAACAUGGAGAAACUCGUCAUGCACAACUGCUCCCAGCUGGACACCGAGGUCCACUUCUGCUUCCAACACGACACCAAAGCCACCACCUUCCUGCUGGACCCGCCCUCUAUGACCCUCAAACCCAAUGAGAAACAGGAGCUGAGGGUUUGGGCAUACCCCACGGCCCCCGGCCUGUUUGAGGACCGUUUGGUUUGCUGUGUGAAGGACAACCCCGACCCCGCCCUGUUCCCAUUGGCCUGCAGGGGGGUGCGUCUGGAGCUGGAGCUCGACCGCAAGAAUGUGCACUUCGACAAGGUCCUGCUGGGGAGGCGUGACACGAAGGGCCUGACCCUGCGCAAUGCCACGCCCCUCUCCGCCGCCUGGAGGCUGGUGGGCGUGGACAAGCUGGGGGAGGAGUUCAGCGUGGCGCAGGACCACGGCAUCGUCCCGCCCCGCUCCGAGUUCUGCCUGCAGAUGCACUUCAGAUCCGCCAAGGCCGCCAACCUGAAACGAGCCGUCAGCAUGGAGGUGUCAGACGUGGAGAACAUUCUGGGCCUCGUGCAGACAGAGCACAUCCAGAUUCAGGCAGAGGCAUACGACGUGGCUCUGGACAUUUCCUUCCCCAAAGGCGCUGAUGGAGGCCUGGACUUUGGGACCCUCAAAGUGUCCGACGAAGCAAAGCUGACGGUUACUUUGAAGAAUAGAGGCAAAUAUGAGAUCGCAUUCAAGUUUGUGCUGAAGUCCCCAGACCCCGGCCUGUCUGAGCUGGACUCCAUGUUCUCCAUCACGCCCCAGAAGGGCUCUCUGAACCCCAACGAGCGCCCCACCCCCGUGCAGGUCCUGUUCCGCCACAACCAGGAGGUGUUCGCGCGAGACCAGCAGCUCCUGUACUGCCAGGUGAUUGAGCCCAACCUUGCGGAGGGAGGAGAGACCAUCGCCUGCAUCCCCAUAAAGGUGUCGCUCCAGUCCGUGUUCUCCAAGUACAGCGUCAUGCCCUCCACCGACAUCAACUUCGGCCCGCUGGUCUACGGCAGCCGCAAGACACGCACCUUCACCGUGGAGAACAAGGGCCAUUUCGAGAUCCGCUUCACCAUCUCCCGCAUGUCCAAGGACCAGCCUCUGGCCACACAGAAGAAAGGCAUUGGACCGUUGAAGCGCUCGCGGUCGCGGGAGAGCCAGUCCAGUAAGAACAGCCGGGCGCGUCGUCAUGACUCCGUCCAGAAGGAGGCUGCUGCAGCCGCACAGACUCGUAUCACCAUGGGGGUGUUCACGGUGUCGCCCGGUUUCGGGGCCCUGGCUCCCGGGGCUCAGCAGGUGGUGACGGUGGACUGCGUGGCCGACCAGACGGGCAAGUGGGAGGAGUUUCUGGUCCUCGACGUCGCCGACCGCGACCCCAGGGACCACCCGGACGGCGUCCCGUACCAGCUGGCCGCCGAAGUGUGUGUCCCAGAGAUCCUGUGCCGGGACUUCAGCUCGAUCUUCGAGGAGCACCGGAUCUGCAGGAGCAGUCAGCUGCUCCAGGGAGAGCAGUACAGGCAGGCCCCCGGGGUCUACCUGCAGGAGGAGAACAGGUUCAUCUUCAACAACGUGCUAGUGGGCCGGCCGGCCAGGGCCCGCUUCCGCAUCUCCAACAUGGGCAAGGUGCCCUGCGAAAUCAACCUGGCCGUCAAGUCUGCCCACACCAAGACCCAGAUGCGCAGCGGUGAUGUGUUCGAGGUGUCCCCUGCCAAGAUGAGCAUCCCCAGCUACUCUCACGCCUUCGCUGUGCUCACCUUCUGCCCCCAGGCCAUCCAGACCUACAGUGGCCUGUUCGAGGCCACACUGGAGGGCACGCCCAGUGUGCUGCAGAUGGUGAGGUGCAAGGCACUGGUGUUUGACGUGGCGGGGGAGGGGAACCUGCCGUGCGUGAGCGUGGUGCGGCCAACCCUCCGGGACCCCCAGGGGGCGCCACUCCUGCAGUUCCAGCGCGUGCUGAUGGGCCGCGCCCACGCCCUGCCCCUGGUGCUGAGGAACGACGGGACUGUGCCGGCACAGGUCAGCAUCCAUCUGCUGGACAAAAUGGCCGUGUUCACCCUGAGGGCUUCCCAAAAAACCGUCUGCACCUCCAUGGCCUCUUCAGACUUGCACAGCGACCCCGGGGCAGACCAGCAGGUGGCGCACAUGGCCUCCCUGGUGCUGGUCCCGGGCCAGCAGGCGGAGUUUGAGGUGGAGUUCCGGCCCACUUCAGCACAGACCUUCGAGUCCUCCAUGGACCUCGUGGUGACAGACAACCAGUAUGAGGAGACGGUGGUGUGCCUGGCGGGGGAGGGGUACUGUGACAUCAUCACCCUUGACAACCUCGGCAGCAGGCCCAGGCAGGAGCAGGAUUCCGAGGACCUCAGUUCCGACCUGCUGAACUUCGGCGACUGUCACGUGGGCAGGGCCUACCAGGAGACCUUCACGCUGACCAAUCACAGCAGCUCGGAGGUGCUGAGGUUCGAGUGGCCGGCGGACAUCCCGCAGGUGCGCUUCUCCCCCCAGGCGGGGCACCUCCACGCGGGCUGUGCCAAAGAGGUGACGGUGGUCUUCUGCUCGGCCCAGCCCCUGGUGCUGGAGGCCCGGCCCGUCCGCUGCAGGGUGAGCCGCAUCUCCUUCCAGAACCCCGUGGACCAGGUGCCCGACUGGGACGACCGGCAGAGGACCGUCAAGUGGGUGGACGCCGGGAAGCAGGGUCCCAGCCCGGGGCCGGCCAAGAAGAAGGUGUUGGAGACGGACCCCGAACCUGAGCACUCUGUGCUGGAGAACUCCUCUCGAGAGCUGGAGCUACUCAUCAGCGUUGUGUGCGACUACGCCCAGUUCAGCUGCCCCACCGACCCCAUCCGCUUCAGAGACACACUGCUGUACCAGACCAGGGCUUUCCAGAUCCUCCUGUGUAAUGAGGGGAAGGUGGGGCUGGAGUUCUCCUGGCAGGUUCUGAUGGAGCGCUGUGGGAAGAGCGUCAGCUUCGCCCACACUGAGGAGACGCAGCCAGGCACGGAUCUCCCGCAGGGGGGCUAUAGGACAGCCAUGCGGCCUGCCACGGCCGGAGCCCUGGAGAGCCUGUCCUCCCUGCUCCAGGGGGACCCCAGCAUGCCCCCCUUCAGCCUGGAGCCCAGCGCUGGGGUCAUCCCCCCCGGCAGCACCCAGACCUUCAGCCUCUCCUUCUCCCCCCUGGAGCUGGCCGAGUUCGAGGGCCGGCUGGUCUGCAGUGUUCCUAACCUGAAGGAGGAGCAGGACCCCGUCCUGGCGGUGAGUGGGCGGAGCCUGCUGCCCCACUGCCACUUCCUGCUGGAGGACUCCGACUACCUGAGCAGCGGCAGGCGCCCCCCCGACAUGAGGGGCCCCCGCGGGGCCCCCCCGAAGGGCGCGCUCGACCCCAACACCAGGGUCAUCGAGAUACCCUCCGUGGGCAUCGGGACCCCCGCGUCCAGGGUGUUUGGGGUUUUGAACCCCACCCGAAAGCCCUACUCCUUCAGAUGGAGGUGUGAGGACGGCUGCCCCUCCCCCUUCCGCUGCCCCACCUCCAAAGGCUCCAUUCAGCCAGGGAAGAAGGUGGAGGUGUGCUUUGAGUUCGUGGCACGGGCGCUGGGCACGGUGGAGUCGUUCUGGACCUUCCAGGUCCCGGAGCAGGGCGUGUCCGUGCCCUUCCUGCUGGCGGGCACGGCGCGGGAGCCUACCGUCUACCUGGAGCACGCCCACCUGCACCUGGGCACCCUGCUGCUGGGUCGUGAGGUGUGUCAGGCCGUGUACCUGGUGAACGGAGAGGAUGUGCCCUUUGAGUUCUCCUUCCAGGAAAACUCGCGCCAUUCCGAGGCCUUCCACGACAGCCUGCACCUGAAGCCCCUGAGUGGCACGGUGCCCCCCCGAGACAGGGUCCCCGUGGUAGUGUCCUUCAGCCCGGCCCAGGAGGGCGCGGUGACCUUUAACCUGGUGUGUGGGGUGAAGGGGAAGGUGCAGCCGCUCACUCUGAACGUGAAGGCGGACAGCUACAGCAUGAGCGCCAAUGUGCGGUGUCAGGGGCCCGGGGGGAACGCCACCGACCUCCGACCCGGAGAGGCGCACCUGGUGGACUUCAGACAGGUGGAGCUGAGCGACAGGUCCUCUUGCUGCUUCCUGGUGUCGAACCCGGGGAAGUACAGCCUGGAUGUGCAGUACGAGCUGUGGGGUCUGCCGGAGCUGCAGCGCCACCUGCUGGUGGAGCGGGAGAGGGACAGCGUGGCGGUGGGACAGCAGGUCUCCUGCACCCUCUCCUUCUCCCCCCAGCAGAGGUGUGUGCUGAAGAACACUGGCCUCUCCAUCAAGAUAAAGAACGGUCCCGUCUUCUCCUGCUCCCUGUCGGGGGUGGCUGUGCCCCCGGGUCUGGACUUCUCCUUCCUCAAACACAACUUUGGGAUGAGCUUCAUCUACCAGGCCGGGAUGGAGCCCCUCUCCCAGACCCUGCUCAUCACUAACAAGGGGGAGAGAGGAGUGAGCCUGGAGUGCCUGUUCUCCAGCACCGCCUUCCUGGAGGUGGGCUUCCAGUCGGAGGUGCUGCCCCCUGGUGGCGUGGUGGAGGUACCGUUCACGUUCUACCCACGGGAGGCCACCUGGUACCAGGAGAAGGUCAUCUUCCAGAUCAACGACUGUGCCAGGCAAGCUGUGGAGAUCCUGGGCCAGGGGAUCGAGAUGCAGAUCGCUGUGGAUGACUCCAGGCACAAGACGGUGAAUCUCGGGGUCACACAGGUGGGCCAGAAGACCAAGAGAGUGAUCCCAUUGGUUAACUCCAGCCCCGUGGCCCUGAGCUUCUCCCUCAUCUGCAGCCCUGCGUUAGAAGCCCUGGUGGAGUCAAAGGUGCUGUCAGUCACCCCGGCGGGUGAAGUGACCCUCCGAGGCUGCGGGGGGCGCUGUUCGGUGGAGCUGCACUUCUGCCCCAGGCAGCGCAUGCCCUCGUUUCGGGAGGAGCUGCAGCUGGAGUGCCGGGGCACAGUGCGCCCCCUGCUGGUGCUGAAGGGCUGCUGCCAGGGCCUGGAGAUCAUCCUGGACCAGGACUACCUGCCCUUUGGAGCUGUUGCUCAGCGCUGCCAGGCAACCAGGCGCAUCAUCAUGUCCAACACGGGGGACGUUGGAUCCCGGUUUAAGUGGGAUAUGAAGAGGUUCUCCCCGCACUUCUCCAUCUGUCCCACAGAAGGGUAUAUCUGUCCCGGGAUGGAGGUGCCGUUUGACGUGACCUUCUCCCCCAUGGAGCUGAGCCAGGACCUCCGCUGUGAUGGCCUGCCCUGCACCCUGGAGCAAGGACCGCCCCUAAAACUCACCCUGGCAGGGUCCUGCGUCUCCUCUCCCGUUACCAAGGAGGUGGUGACGUUUGCGUGUGCGGUGCGCUCCCAGCACACUCAGGCCCUGUCCCUGUCCAACCGCAGCGGGCAGCGCUGGAGCGUCUCCCCGGUGAUCGAGGGCGAGCACUGGAGUGGCCCGUCGUCCGUGGUCAUGGAGCCCCAGCAGCAGAGCUAUGCCUACGAGAUCACCUACCGGCCCCUGGUCAUGACCUCCGAUGGCAAGAAGCACCAGGGCUCAGUGUUCUUCGCAUUCCCAGAUGGGAUGGGCAUGCUAUACACUCUGCUGGGCACCUCUGAGCCCCCAAAACCUGCAGGCACCAUCGCCCACGAGAUGCCCUGCAAGACCCCCUAUACAGAGCUGCUGCCUGUCCAGAACUGGCUGAACAAGGCCCAGAGGUUCCGGGUUGUGGUGGACAUGGUAAAGCCAGAGCGGGCAGACCCUACGGUCACUCUGAAGGGGCUGGACUACCUGGAUGUGCCGGCCCUCACCAGGAGGGACUACAAGCUGGCCUUCUUCUCCUUCAGAGAGGGCCUGUUCAGCGCCAAGGUGACGUUCCGGAACGAGGCCACGCAGGAGUACCUGUUCUACCAAGUGACGUUCCGGGCGACGGCCGCGGGCGUGGUGCGCUCGGUUGACAUGGCGACGGCGGUUCGGCAGACGGCCACGGCCUCGCUCACGGUGGAGAACCCGCUGAGCUCCACCGUCUGCUUCACCACAGAGUGCCGCUGCACGGACAUCAGCCUGCCCCCACAGCUGCCUGUGCCAGCUCUCUCUACCGGCACUCUGAUGUUUGAGUACCAGCCGCUGCGGGAGGGCGACUCCUCGGCCCGGCUCAGCCUGCACAGUGCAGAGUUGGGCUACUUCCACUACGACCUGCUGCUCCGAGCCACGCCUGCACCCCCCGAGCAGCCCCUCCACUUCCGCACCUCGCUGGGCAGCGCCCACUCCGUCUGCGCCAAGGUCACCAACUACUCCCGCACCAAGACCGAGUACAGCUGCAAGACGGACAGCCCUGACUUCACCACGGAGAGGACCGUCUCCGCGCCCGCCGGCCUCCAGGGCGGGGCCGAGAUCAGCCUGGAGGUGACCUUCGAACCCUGGCAGCUAGGCGAGAGCCGCGCCCUCCUCACCCUCUCCUCCAGCUCGGGGGGCGAGUACCAGAUCCCCCUGCAGGGCUCCUGCUGCCCCCCCAAGCCCCAGGGCCCCUUCUCCGUCCGGGCCGGUUCCAGCCUCACCAUCCCCUUCAAGAACGUCUUCCCCCAGCCCACCGCCUUCUCCUUCCAGGUGGACAACCCAGCCUUCGCCGUCAAGGGCGCCGACGUCAUCCGUCCCAAAAAGACCCACAACGUGCUGGUGUCCUUCGAGGGCCCCCCGGCGGGGUCCCCGUCAGGGCCCCGGGGCCCCUGCAGUGGGAGGCUGACCAUCUCCAGCCCCCGAAGCGAGGGCCACGGUCAGACCAUCUCCUGGGUGUACUACCUGAAGGGCCUCAGCCCCGAAACCAGCCAGCGGGACAAGACCUAGAGCCCCCCCCCGGAAUGUGCUCAAAUGAAAAAAAUAUAGUAAUAAUGAGAUGGUUCGCACACAAAAAAGGAACUUUUAGGCCAGUUUCAUGCAUACAGAUUAAGCUUUGUCCUGGAUUAAAUAGAGUUUUGUAUAGAGAACAUCCCUUUAACCUUGAAUUUAGUCUAGGACACAUCCUGUGGGUCGCAGUGUCUGCAGGUAUUGCUUCAACCGUGGCCCAUACCAGCUGAUAUUACUAAUGAGAUAAUUAUCUAAACCAAGAAGGUGAAAUAAUCAGGUGGGGGGGGGGUUCCCCACAAGUCCAUUUAGGCAUACAUUUAUAUUGGGGAUUAUUGAUUUUUUAAAUUAUUUGUAAAUUAUUCUGUGUUAAAACAAAUCUCCUUUUCAUUUAUUUUAUAUUGUGAUUGCAUUUUAAAAGUCAGUGUAAUUAGAUUCAUCAUUUCCUGUGUGUAAAAAUUAUGUGUAGUUUAUUGUCUACAUUUUUGUUUUCCUAGUUGACAUUCAUGACUAUUUAUGGUGAUGACUAUUUAUAGUACAGUCAAAACUGUUUCAGUAAGUUUAAAUUGUAAUUUAUUUUCAGAUAGCUGAAUAAAUUCUUAAAAUGAA